CAUCUCGGCUGAGUUCAGAGGACAUUCUUACCGCCAGUGUGGUGCUCAUCUAUCACGUGCUUUUUACUUCACGAUCAUAUACACGAUCAAAAUGUUCUUCGCUCGAGUCGUGUGUAGUAAAAUGGCCGCUCGAGCAAAGUGAGUGUGACGUUUCGUGAGGUGAUUGUAUCGUUGUUUCAUGUGGUUUCUACGAAUAUUCGUUCAUGUGACAUCGUGUUAUUGUGCUUCCUGUGUUUGUCCGCAGGUCCGCCAAGAAAAUCCAACUAUUCGAUAAGCCAGAAAUUUCACCAGCUUUGGAGCGAAUCCAAGCAUAUCGUCCGCAGGGAUUCGCCGAGAGGGGCAUGUAUCUGAAGGAUGGACAAUCAAUUUGAAAUAUAGGUUCGCGAAAGGCCACUGCGGGAGUUGCGAUGCCAACGUACCACAAUGCGGGUGGCGGAUACCCGAAUGUGUCAGCGGCAGCGCGGCAAGCGAAGCUCGAUGGCAAUCAAAAUCACCAUACGAUCCCCUCAAACGUAACGUCCCAUCCCCUUAUACAAAAUAGCACGCAACACAACGUUCCUUCCAACUUGUCUGCAAGCAACAUUCCGUCCCAUCCAGUAUCACCGACGAUGACUACGCAUUCGAACGUCACCUCUCCUAAUAUAACCAGUCACAUGAACACCGGAUCGCCGCCGGUAAUCCUCACCUCGACCAACCUUGCGAAUCCUAGCAAUCCCGCUGCGUUAUCGGUGAAUCCGAGGCACGAGGUCAAACUGAACGCUAUGCCAUGGUUUCACGGGAAAAUAUCGAGGGAAACUGCUGAGAGAUUGUUGCGACCGAGAGAAGACGGUCUGUUCCUAGUCCGUGAGUCGACCAACUUCCCUGGCGACUAUACGCUGUGUGUGUGCUACCAGGGUCGCGUGCAGCAUUAUCGAGUGAAAUAUAAGAACAAUCAGCUGACGAUCGAUGAUGAGGAGUUCUUCGAGAACUUGGCCUUGUUGGUGGAGCAUUACGAGCAAGACGCGGACGGUCUGUGCACGCAGCUGACCAAAUCGUUGCCGAAACAAGGCAAACAGGACUUCUGUGUGGAUCCGAAGGCGUUCAUGGAGGCUGGCUGGGUGAUACAGACUCACGAGUUAGAAUUAAGAGAGUGUAUUGGCAAGGGAGAAUUCGGGGACGUGCUGUUAGGCGUGUACCGAGGCGAGAGGGUAGCCGUGAAGAUGCUGAAGGACAACAGCGAGGCGGCGCAGAGGUUUCUUGCCGAGGCUAGUCUAAUGACGUCGUUGAUUCAUGACAAUCUGGUUAAGUUGCUCGGUCUCGUUUUCAAUAAUCAACACAUGUACCUGGUUACCGAGUAUAUGAGCAAAGGAUCCCUGGUGGAUUACCUGAGAUCGCGAGGGAGAUUGCACGUUUCCAAAAAGGACCAGAUCAACUUUGCGUACGACACGUGCGCGGGCAUGGCAUAUUUGGAAUCCAGACACGUAGUGCAUCGAGAUCUGGCCGCAAGGAACGUCCUUGUCGCGGAGGAUAACUCGGCGAAAGUGUCGGACUUCGGUUUGGCGAGGGACGAAAACUUUUCUCUCGAAGGUGGAAAAUUGCCCAUCAAAUGGACUGCACCAGAGGCUUUAAAGCAGAAUAAGUUUUCAAAUAAGUCUGAUAUGUGGAGUUUCGGGAUACUCUUAUGGGAAAUCUACUCGUUCGGGCGUGUACCGUAUCCACGAAUUCCAUUAGCCGAUGUUGUAAAGUGCGUGGAGAAAGGAUACAAAAUGGAACCACCAGAUGGUUGUCCACACGAAGUUUACGAUAUUAUGAGACAAGCCUGGGACUUGCAACCUGAAAAACGACCUACUUUUUACGAUAUAAAAAUAGUGCUGGGUCAACUGAAAGCUGAAUACACCAAAGGUGUGAAUUAAACGAAACAAACUGCUACUUAUCAUAUGCCCGUAGACUCGAUGUAGAAAAGACAAACAGGUGGAAUUAGCGUUUUCGAUACUUCUUUUGUUUUGCAAGGGCUAAGGUAAUGGCUCUAAACACUUUUUCUAGAAAAUCUAAUUUUCUCUUGUACAUUUUUAUUGUACAAAAUUACUAUCUGCGUUGCUUGUAUUUAUUGUUACUUUGAUACCUUUUGUUUUUUUUUGAGUUCAAGUAUUUUCAGUUUGCCUCUUUCUUUUUCGUACGAAAAUGUAUCGCGUAUAAUUCGAUAUAUGUCAGUCGUGCCUUUGGCCAAGUUGAAGUUCUUAUGUUUAAAAGAAAUAGAAGUUCAACUUGUACAUCCGAAAUUCAGGUAUAUUACUUGAAAGGGAAUUUAUAAAGUUUCGUAAAUACUUGUUUAUUACUUAAUUUCUUGUGUUUUUGUUUUGUUUUCGUUGCCGUCGUUUUAUGGCUCAAGAAAUAUUUCCAGGUGUAAGAAGCGCCUUACAUUGAACUGAAUUUAAAGAUGAGAAAUAAUUAUUCGCUAUGAACUAACUAUUGUAAGGUAAUCUUUUGGACGUGAACUUGUAUUAAGGUUGAAUAUCAGAAUUUUUUCACUUAUACAUAACAGUAGAGCAAACAGAAAGGGAUAAAAAAACUAGAUUUUUACCGUUGGUAGCUUGAAAAGUUUUUGUAUCGUUCAAAGGGGGUUUACAGUGAUCGUAGAUUACAAGUACUUGUUAGUCGUAGAAGUUUCUUUUUUUAAUCAAAGAUUUGUCGUAGGAAUUAUUUUUUAAUUAAAUUAUUGAUCCAUUAUACACGAUUAUUUAAGUUGUCCCGUGAGAUAUUUGACUAUAUAUAUAUAUAAAUAUAUAUUAGCGAUGUAAAUGUAUUUGUAAAUACUUUUGUACAUAUCCGUCUAUCAGAGAGAAAAGAAAAAAAUAACAGUUGAUAUUUCGAGUACAGUUGACGAUAUUGUUUAGGAGAGUUAACAAGGAUUGUCCAUGCCUUUUGUUACUAGCUCGUUAAGAUUGUUUAUUUACACGGCUAUCGAAUGUCUAUGUUCAAUUGCAUCCGGUCACGCAAUUAUAUACGAACGAUUGGAUAUUAUGUAUUUAAAAGUAAUUCAAUCAUAGACCUUCGUGUUAUAUCGUAUCUUUCUUCUGUAAUAUAUAUAUAGAAGCCAACACUUAUUUAAUACUUUUACAACAGUUAUAACGGACUAAUGAUAUUUAUUCGUAGAUAGGAAGUUUCAGUGGAAUAGAAAAGUGUGUAACGCUUAACAGGCAAACUUUUGCUAAAGAAAUCUACGAACGAUGAUAGGUUUUCGUAUCUUACAUCGCCAUCGAAGAUAAGCUCGUUUACUUUUAAUCGCGAUCAUUAUUACACCUAUACGAUUUAUCAGAAAAAUCAAAGCCAAUGUACUCAGUUCCUCGCAUCCUUUCAUUAUUUGCAAUAGUAUCCGAAAGAAAAACGCGAUCAAGUUUUUAUUACCCUUAAAUUAUAAUAAUUUAACCAUGAUCAGGUCCGCUUCGCGAAAUCGUGUCUCUAGUUUGAAAGUAGUGGUUAGCCGUCUAAGUAUGUAGCGUAUUUAUAUAAGUAUACAGUCCGUUUAUAACUUCGAUAGCAUGUAAUAUAAUGUGUAUAUGGCUCUAAUCAGUACCUAACACGUUUCUUCGACGUCCUCGAUCCGUGUGUCCGUGAUUAUAAAAGAAAGAUAAAGAAAACCCGUUCCCAGAUACAUUUUUGUAUUCUUAAGCGCCGAUGCCCUCUGCUUGCUUAAUAUUUAUCAUGUUUACGUAUUAAACACCGAAAAUCCUCCUAAUACCUUUGCCCUACCUUAUAAGCAGCUACAUAUUGCAUCCGUGUGGUGUGACAAUGUUAUCUCGUAAUUCUCCUGUUUAAUCCAAUAUUGUACGCGAGACUUUGUUACAGAACGACGCGACGUCAGUCUUCUGAACGCGACGAGCGCGUUGAAUUCGUUUAUUUUUUACUUACUAUUAAAUAGAUUUGUUAGCUCGUAAGAAAUUUAAUAUAUAAACGUAUCGAAUAACAAAUUACACGGUGAUCGUGAAUCGAAUUAAUUCUAAUUAUAGUUUGUUCGUGAUCGGUUCUAUCGUUCGAUGUUCAAUCGUAAACAACAUCUCUUUAUAUAGUCACCGAUUAUAUGAGCGAAAAAUUAUUGCGUCGUUCGCGGUCAUGAGUCCAUUGUAAUUUAUUUCCAACCGUACGAACUAAUAAAGGAAUAAUUGUUUUCUAAGGAAGAGUAUUAUGAUUCGGAACCGUGUACCAAGAUUUAAAAUAAAAAUUGUCGAUGAAUGGAUGCGAUCGAUUUCGAACAAACUAUAGUUUACAAUGUACGGGUGUCUGAAUCCAAGAUGUCUGAAGGAUCGAAUGCCUUUGCGUCGAUGCGAAUGAGUGUGAUGGUAGCACGUGAGAUGAAUAAUAAAUUAAGGAUCUUCAUUUUGGCCUCCGAAAAAAGAAAACCGAGCAGUUGUACGAUUCCGAGAGUGUUCAAAACGUUCGAUCCACGUGGUCGCGUUGUUACUAAUACACUAUGAUUCUAAAGAUUCUCAGUAGACAGCUAUUAUAGAGCGAUAACUAUGGUCCAUUGACCGAAGAUGGUUUACAGUUAUUGAAAUGAAUUAACGAUUAAUAAAAACAGAAGAAAUGAUACACCGCAUUUGCUCAACGGCUGUAAUCACCUUCAGCUACGAGACAAAUGUAUACUCGUCUAUUGACAGUGUUCCCAACACGAUUAAUAUGUCUGUAUGCAUAAAUAUAUCAAAUUUGCGUUUGCAUUUAUUAUUGGGUCUUCCAAAGACAUCCACCGAUCGAGAAGGCUUCAUGUUAUUAUUUAUAAACAGCUCCGGCUGUCUGGAGCCACAUUUGGAAUUUUAUUUAGCACAAAGAAAGAAAAAUGUGAAUUUUCAAGCUAAUUGGAAUCUUUUUUAUGUCAUUAUUUUUUAAUCUCCAGUGUUAUACUUUACUGCCAAACGCUAAUAAAAUCGUGAUAUUCGUUCUUCAA